CAGAUUUUUUUAGCUUGGCAAGUUGCUAUGGCCAGACCACAAAUGAUGGCUCCCAUUUGUCUGGUGGAGAACCACAAUGAUCAGCUGUCUGUGAACCAAACAGCCAUCGAUAUUCUGGACAACAUUUCCCAGCCAGUGGUAGUUGUGGCUAUUGUUGGAUUGUACCGAACAGGGAAGUCCUACCUGAUGAACCGUCUGGCAGAACAGAAUCAUGGCUUCCCUCUGGGCUCCACUGUGCAGUCUGAAACCAAGGGCAUCUGGAUGUGGUGUGUGCCACACCCAACCAAGCCAAACCACACCCUGGUCCUCCUGGACACUGAGGGCCUGGGCGACGUAGAAAAGUUCUACAGACUGAACUACAGACUGGGAACUCUGGUGACGACCUAUGUGGAUGCCAUCAGCAGUGGAACUGUGCCUUGUCUGGAUGAUGCGGUGACAACUCUGGCCCAGCGUGAGAACUCAACAGCUGUGCAGAAGGCAUCUGAGCACUACAGUGAGCAGAUGGGCCAGCGACUGAGGCUCCCCACAGACACGCUCCAGGAGCUGCUGGAUGUGCACACAACCUGUGAGAAGGAAGCCAUUGCUGUCUUCAUGGAGCACUCCUUCAAGGAUGAAAACCAGCAAUUCCAGAAGAAGCUGCUGGAAUUAAUAGAUGAGAAGAAAAAGAUGUUCAUGUUGAAGAAUGAAGAAGCAUCAGAUCAAUACUGCCAGGAAGAAUUGAAUAGGCUUUCAAAGGCUUUUGUGGAAAAUAUUUCAACAUUUUCUGUUCCUGGAGGACACAGGCUCUACAUGGAAAUGAGGGAGAAGAUUGAGCAAGAUUAUUGGCAGGUGACCCGGAAGGGGGUGAAGGCAAGUGAAGUCUUCCAGAGCUUUCUGCAGUCACAAGCCACCAUUGAGAGUUCCAUCCUGCAGGCAGAUACAGCCCUAACUGCUGGCGAGAAGACCAUCGCAGAGGAGCGGGCCCAGAGGGAGGCAGCUGAGAAGGAACAGGAGCUGCUAAGACAGAAACAGGAGGAGCAGCAGCAACUGAUAGAGGCUCAAGAAAGAAGUCACAAGGAAAACCUUGAGCAGCUGAAAAUGAAGCUGAUGCAGGAGCGUGAACAACUCAUCAAGGAACAUGAAAUAAUGCUUGAGAAUCAGCUGCAGCAUCAAAAGGCUUUGCUUGAAGAAGGAUUUAGGAAGACAUCUGAGGAAUUGAAAGGAGAAAUUCAGCAACUGACAUCUACUGUAAAUGACAAGAAAGAAAACAGUGGUACCUUUACAGGUCAUCUUCUAAAAGAAUUUGCUACAGGAAUUGCUGCCCCUAUUUUACUGCCUAUGAUGGCUGUAAAAAAUAUUAUUUCAGCAUUUAAAUAGGAUUCACUCUUAUUUUGAUGAAGUGAUAGACCAUGAAUAUAUACUCUGCCUUUUUAUGAAGCUUCAUGUUUUCAUUUUCAUUCAGCAAAUUUCAGCAUUAAAAGUGCUAAUUAGAGAACAUGUAUGCCUGCCGCACAUUAGAUAGAACAUGUACAUGUCUGCACAGACAACGCUUUCUUCAGGGCACAGAUGUUUAAACCAUUCCUAUGGAAGCUAUGAUUACUCAUUGUACACUGUCACAGUUACUGUUGGUCAGUUUGACUGGAUAUAGAAUCACCCAGGACACAAGUUCUUCUGCACCCCGUGAGGACCAUCUUGACUAGGUUAGCAUAUAGGGAAUCAUCUCUGGUCACUAUGGUAGAAAACCCAUCCCAAGUGUGGGCACCACCAUUCCUGUGGCCUGGGGACUAAGUUAAUAGGUGAAAGCAAGCUGGGCACUAACAUGUACUAUUUGUUACUUCCUGACUGGAUGUCAUGUGAUCAGCCAGCCUCUGCUUCUGACUGUAUGCCUUCUCCGCCAAUGUUAAGUGUGCCAUCUGGAACCCUGUCUUCCUUAAGUUGCUUUGCUUGAACCAUUUUGUCACAGCAAGAACAAAAGGUAUUGAUAUCAUUGUUGGUAAAUCUGGAAACUACUUAAGCAUCAUUGAGAAAGAUUGGUAACAAAUUGUAAUAUGUUCUGAUCCUGGACUACUGUAUAGUCUAGAAACAAGUGUCAGUUAAGCUUCCUGUAUACUAACAUAAGUUGAUCAUAAAGAUUUCUUAUUAAAUAAAGUGAAAACUCUA